UUUCACACAUCAAUUACUACAUGCCAUUUGCCAAUACAAGGGACAAUUCAGUAAUAUCACAUCAAAUAUAAAAGGAAACAUUUUCCAACCAUAUUUAUAGAUCAUAUCCAAAUAUCCAAUAAUAUAACCCAUGAUAUUUUCCCAAAAAAAAAUUACCACAUAUAUUCAAAAAAAUUACACCACUUUUUAUUACAAUUCUAAAACCCUCCCUCCAUCUAUAAAUACUCCCCUCAUUUUCUCAAAAUUCUUUCUCUCUCUUUCUUCUCUCUCUCCUCCAUAAUCAACGAUCGAGUUACAGACAACUUCCGGAAGCACCACAAGAAAUUUGUAGGGUUAUUUUACUCCUUGUGGUGGCAUAUGCUUGGCUAUCUUUCUUUGAAGAAGAAGAGCUUUGCACACGACCAAGUACUAUAUGAUAAUUUUUGCAACUCUGCUUAAAUAGUUGCAGGUGUACUGUGUAAUAUAGUAAAAAGUUCAGAAGUUGUACUUUUUAGUGUUAAUAACUCAACUAGGAUCUUCAAGUCAGAUAAGAUGAUGAAAAGCAGGCUGACCAAAGUGUACAAUGCACUCGGGAAUUUCAGAUAUUCAUCGAAUCCACAAUCUCUCGGCUUUACUUCAAAUGUAAGGAAUGAAAGGAGCAGUAUGGUGAGACCAGAACCAUGUGAUCAGAGCAUUAUAGCACCACCAAAUGCUGAAGAUGCAAAGUAUGAAGAGUGGUUGAUUGAUCAUCCCUCGGCAUUGAAGUCAUUCGAAGGGAUGAUGAGUAUCGCAAAGGGAAAGAAGAUCAUAGUAUUUUUGGAUUAUGAUGGGACACUCUCCCCUAUUGUAGAUGAUCCUGAUCUAGCCUUCAUGCCUGAUAUGAUGAGAUCAGCAGUACGCGAAGUUGCUAGGUAUUUUCCGACAGCUAUAGUUAGUGGAAGGAGCCGAGAUAAGGUUCAUGAAUUUGUAAAGUUAAAUGAUGUAUAUUAUGCAGGGAGCCAUGGUAUGGAUAUCAUGGCUCCACCGAGGAUGCAUAAGUCUGGUGACUGCAAGUACCAGACUCUAGCAGUUGACAAAAAGGGUAAUGAGGUCAGUCUCUUUCAACCUGCUCAAGAUUUCUUGCCUGAAAUCCUAGAGAUAUUUAAUGAGCUGGAAGAAGAAACAAAGGUUAUUGAAGGGGUGACAGUAGAAGACAAUAGAUUUUGCAUAUCAGUUCACUUUCGUAGAGCGAAAGAGGAGGAUUAUUCUCUGGUAGAACGGAAAGUGAUGUCAAUACUGGCAAAACAUAGUCGUUUUCGACUAACUAGAGGUAGAAAGGUUUUGGAGAUAAGGCCAUCUAUAAAAUGGAAUAAAGGGAAUGCUUUGGAAUAUUUGCUUGACACUCUAGGCUUUGCUGAAUCAAAUGAUGUCCUUCCCAUCUACAUUGGAGAUGAUACAACAGAUGAAGAUGCCUUCAAGGUUAUACAAAAAAGAGGGCAAGGAUUUGCAAUUCUAGUGUCUCUAAAGCCUAAGGAGACAAGGGCUUCGUACUCGCUGCGUGAUCCCUCUGAAGUACUAACGUUUCUGUUAAGAUUAGCAAGAUGGAGAAGAAAUUCUUCAUCAAGUAAGCCAGCUAACCACUUGAGCUAGUGUGUUUUUUGAUGACUGCCAAGUGAGCUUUUAGGUUGUACAUAUCUUUGAAAGGAAGAAUAGGUAAGUUUAUAAAAGGAAGUACUAGCUUCAAGCCUUAAGGUAGAGGGCUAGCUGCUACUUUUUGGUAUUUAAACUAUGUUUACUUAUCUUACAAUGACAUACAAAGUUUUCUUGUAACAUGAUCAUGUAUAUGAGCAAACUUUUGAUCAGUAAGAUUCUG